UCGGGUAACCUGUUGAAUCGAAGCUGUCAGUCAGCUCAAUGCCAACACACAGCCGGCAAAAAAAAAAAUCACUUAACACGAGAAACGCAGCGCAUUGUCACAGUAACAAUAGAACAAGCGUGUUUAGGUGAUGAUAAGCCUAAUACCUGUGAUGUUUUGUUGUCUGACAGGUCAAUUUUAUUCUGGGUUCACUGUUGUCAUCCAAGUCGAGUUCUCGCAUCUGUUAUGCUUGUGACAUUAUUUUUAAAUUCGGUCACCUAAAGUCAUUUUGCACACGUACAAGGAAGUAGUAUCAAAAGUAAAUUCAGGAAGGGGUCACAUUAUUUCAAUGUUGGAAUAAUUCAUUGUUCUCAUGUUGUCUUGGGAGUAGGGUGGUCCCAUGCAGCAGCAGUUGAAUGGUACUCGGUAUUAUUCCCAGCUGUCGUGAAUAAAAACGCGCGAGGCUCUUGCCCACCAAACCCCGAGUCUCAUCUCCACAAGCAGCGUGUCAACAUUUCCUGCCCACGGAUUUCCAGUCACUUGCUUGUUGAAAAUAGCUUGGCUGCUCCCAGUCGCUAUGGCUAAUUCCUUAGGAACCGGUGGAUCCAGUUUGAUCCAUCCCUCUCUCUUUCUUUCCAUUACCAACUUGUUGAGUCUUCUCUUCCCCCCCCCCCCCCCCCCCUCGGUGUUCCUACUGUAAAGGUGCGUCGUGUUCGCUUUCAGCUAAAACCUUGUGGGACUUUUGAAGAAAUGUCUCAAGUUUGAAGCAAGUGCAGCUGCUCGGGACGGUUCCGACGGUAUCGGCGUCGUUUUUUGAGAGGGAGGAAAACUCGAUGGGACGCGCGCAGAAGAGGUUUUGACGCAAACCAGCAGUCACCUGGAGGUGGAGACAACUUAGCACCCCCUACCUCAGUCCUUGACUGAAAUCACCGACCCAAUUUUGCACAGGGGAGACGCUUUAAGUUCUCCCAAAGCAUUUGAAAUGGAGGCUCCUGAUGGCCACCGAGCUAGUAACGGCCAAUGCUCUCCUGGUAAGGAGAACUCAAGAAUGUCGGGAGAAAUGUCAACACCUAAUGGACAGACACUUCCUCAGGGUCCUAACUCCCCAAGUGAAGUGACAAUUAAGCAAGAGGAAGACACAGCGGAGGAGGCUGACAACAGAAGCCCAGCACUUGAAGAAAUAGGCCAAACAGGGGAGGAAGGAGACACAUUGGAGGAGUCCAUGACUGACAGCCCGAACAAUCUACAGGAUGGAUUAUCUGAAUCAAAUGUGUCAGCGGAUUCAGGAAGUCGACAACCAAACGGUGACAGGCCGUUCCAGUGCAACCAGUGUGGUGUCUCGUUCACCCAAAAGGGAAACCUGCUGCGACAUAUCAAGCUGCACACAGGCGAAAAACCCUUCAAAUGCCCUUUUUGCAGCUAUGCCUGCCGGCGGCGUGAUGCUCUAACUGGUCAUCUGCGCACUCAUGCUGUUGGCAAACCACACAAGUGCAACUACUGUGGCCGGAGCUACAAACAACGCACUUCUCUGGAGGAACAUAAAGAGCGCUGCCAUAGUUACCUACAGGGCAUCAGUUUGGAUCCGACGGCCAACACUGGCCCUUACACAGGUGAGGGUCCUAAAGAGCCGAGGCCCAUGGCAGAGGCCAACAGCGUUGGUAACUUUGAUCGACCGCCUGUUAUUGAGAGGCUGCAAAACAAUGUGGGCAAAAGAAAGAGCACCACACCUCAGAAAUUUGUGGGUGAAAAAAUGGUACGCUACAGCUACCCUGAACUAGGCUAUGAGAUGGGUCUUAAGUACGAGAAGCAAGCUGAACUGAUGCCGCCCCAUAUGAUGGACCAAGCCAUCAGCAACGCCAUGACAUAUCUGGGAUCAGAUGCCCAUCGGCCCAUGCUACACCAUCCUCUUUCUAUGGCAGAUAUGGUGCCCAUGGUCAACCCUCUCUUCCAUCAUAUCCUUCCCAUCGGUCAACGAUCAGAGCGUCCAGGAAACUGUGAAACGCUUCCACCCCAGCCCCACGACUUCCCCAGCCUUCCUACCACUAAUGGCCCAACUGCUUUAACGAGACAGGGUAAGCCAAACCAUCCAGGGCAAGACGAAUCUCCUAACAACAGUGGACUUGACUCUGCUGACUCAGCUCGCAGCAGCCCUCAAGAAAGGCAUGGCUAUCAUGGGGCACCUCAAGGCGUCAGGUCUCGAGCCAGUCCAGCAGUCGUUUAUCCAGGUGAGCGGGUGGCGGAAGCAUCAUCCAGAAGCGGGGCAGGGAUUGGGCCUAGGAUAAUGCGAAUGCCUGCAGAGAAGCCUAUUGGACAGGAAGGAGUGCGGGUGUUCGGACGCGAAGGCCAGGAGUUGCGAGCCUUCCAAUGCGAGCACUGUCGGGUGCUCUUCCUUGAUCAUGUCAUGUACACCAUCCACAUGGGUUGCCAUGGAUACAGAGAUCCUUUAGAGUGCAACAUCUGUGGUCACCGCAGCAAAGACCGCUAUGAGUUCUCCUCCCACAUAGUCCGAGGUGAACACACCUUCCACUAAGAGGAUGGAAUGGAUUUCAGGGAAGGGCAAAGAAGAGAAGGGGAAAUAGCCUGAGCUACAUCCUUGUACCCCAGACCUCUAAAAACUGCACAGUUGAAUGGCACUGUUUGAAAAGUGUAGCACAAUCAUAGCAUAGACUACUUUUUAAGCUACUUUGUUGUGAAUCUGAAUCAUAUGAAGGUACGGGCCAAAGACGCAUUUUUUACGUAUUUAAUUAAGAAUAAUGCAGAAGCAGGAAGGUAAGUUUUGUUUUCCUCUAAAAUGUUCUUGAAAUGUACACCAGAGCAGCUGUCAGACGACUUUUACUGGUUGUCAUUUGAGUCCUCUUCACAAAUGUCUACUUUUGUGCUUGUUCUGUCAUCAUUCUUUCCUACAAUGUUUUUUUUUUUUUUUUUUUUUUAAACUUAAAAUGAAUUCGUAGAUAUGAAAAUAUGUUUAUGUUUCUGCCUUGUGGGCCCAAUGCAGUAGAUGAAGUUUGACAUGUUUUCAUUCAAUCAGACAGAAUGCAAUGAUUAACACUGAUGCCAGUAGUGAAGACUUCAGGUAUUCACAAAUGUUUUUUUUUUUUGUUGAAAUUGAACCAUUUUGGAAUCUUUCAUGGAAAAAAAAAAAAAAAAAAAAAAUAUGAAACUGGCCCAACAACCAUGGCACAUGAUUUAGUAUCCGUGUUGGUUGUGUCAUUGCUGUGGCUCAUAAUUUUCGUUUGAACAAUGGUGUGAAAUUAUAUGGUCAUUUGAUACAGUGUUUGAACUGUGAUUUGGUUUCCAUUCGGACUUGGACUUCGCAUUGCUGUUGCAUUGUUGGGUUGUCAAAUUGUGUCUAUCUGCAGAUUGAAAAUGUUCAGUCUUACCAUCAUAUAGGAGCUUUAGUUCUGCAUUAGUUUUACCUUGUCUAACUGCAUAAUUUGAAAUAUUUAGCAUACAAACAUUAAUGAAAAGAUUGUGGUAAUAAACAUAAAAAAUAGAAAGGGAAGAAAACUGACUCUGUAUCCCCACUAAUAGAUACAUCAAAUACAAUUUCUGAGACUUAAAUUCCUGUAGUCUUUAAAUAUAAGUAAAGAUAACUUAAAUGCCACGAUCAAAAAUACAGUGACGUUCAAUUGCAAUUAGCUAAUAAAUGAUGAUGAGAUUAACAAAAAGCAAAAACUAGAUCACAGUUGGACAUUACUGUUUGUAGCUCAAUAACAUUAUGGCUUUAAUGACUGUUAUUUCCUAUUCUCAGAAAAUCACGAUAUUACUUAUGAAAAUUGCAUUUAUAUUAAUUUCUGUUUGUUGCUGGAGUUUAAGUCGAGGUUAGCCGAAAAGCUAAUGCUAACUCGGUGGAAAAGCUACAUAGCUAGCUAAUGGCAGACAACUACCUCUUUACGACUAGUUAGUGGCAUUUUUCUGAUGUGAUAGCCUUCAUCAUUUAACCGUUACGGGUAUUUUAUUGUAGCUUACAAAAUUGUUUUUAUAUAUAUAUAUA